AUGGCGAUGGCCGCCACCACCGUCAUCGCCAUCCCCAACAUCACCAUCAACCCGGGCGUGGCCGGCCCCUUCGUCCUCUUCGCCGACUCGCCAUCGACGGGAACAAAGCCAGCUAGCUACACCACCUUUUCCGACACCUCCCUGGCCGCUGCUUGGGCAUGUCGGCCAUAUCCACCCGCCCCGACACCGCCGCCCCCCCGGAUCCAAUGCCAAGCCUUCGGCUCCGCCGAGAUGCUCUCUAGGCUGGAACAACUUCACGAUCCGGGCGUUCUUGCUGGACGAGGCGUCGAAUAA